AUGGCAGACGACCCUUCAAAAGCCCAGCCGCUGGGCUCGGCGCCAGCGACCAUUCCUGCUGUUGACGGAAGCGCAGAUGAACCACCCAACACGGCGCCAGAAAGAGGAGGCGGUCCAGUCUCGAACCCGACGGCGCAACCUGCACCUACACAACCCGCUCAACCUCUACAAGACCACGAAGGCGACUUGGUCAUGACCUCGCCGGAAUCGAGUCUCCCAAAUCCUCCCAUGGCCGCUACCACAGCCAGUAGCAACGAGCGCGGACCUGGACCCGUACCACUCGACUCACCACUGCGCACCACGCCGAUCCACCCCUCUGUGGAAGCGAUCAAAGUCCCCGAGACGGCGUUGACGAGCGCCGCGCCCAACACGAACCCGAUCACGCUCCAGCCCUUUACCGAGGCGGAAUUGGUACAGUACGGCUUCGAGCAGCUCAGGGCGCAGAUUUUCGCUACUCACGGUGUCGGUGUUGGUGACGGCGACGGCGGCGCAGGCGGAAAUCUUCUCGUUCUCGGCGAAAAAGAAAAACAAGAAAUCGCCCGCAUCCGCGAGGAGACGGCGGCGCUGUUGAAGCAGAAACUCGACGAGCGCGAGGCCCGGGUGCGCGAGAUCGAGCGCGAGAUGGAGGACAAGGAGAAGAUCCGCGAGGUCGAGAGGAAGGUGUUUCGCAAGAAAUUGGCGGCGGGUGGCGGGGAGGGUGGUGUUGCCGGCGUGAAAUGA